GGCGCGUUGACUCUUUUUCCACAUUUUCUUUAAUGUCCGCUCUCGUGUUCUUUCCGGAUCUUCGCUCCCCAUGCAAGCAAGGAGGUGAAGGAUCGGCUUGGGUUUAGAUCUGCAGUGCCCGUUGAUCUUGGGCUGAUGUCUUCUCGUCAAUCAAUGAAUAUGAAGAUGGCGAUGCAUUGCCAUUGCCGCGUCUUCGGGCCUCAUCAAUCUGUUACUAUCGAUCGCGUUCAUUGAGUUCCUUCGUCCGUUGUACUUGUAUCCGACAUGAAGCACUAGAGCCGCAGCAAAUGCGCACAUGAAUAAGGGCCAGCGCGUGUUUCUCGAAGCGUGCAAGAUGCGGUCGCUCGCUUGGUGCCGGCGACGUAGACGGCGACGAAGGAAAGGCAGUGUCGCCCGCCGAAAUAGAAUCAAGACCGAUUCUGAAUCAGAAACGACCGCCCGGGCCAAAGCAGCGCUCUUGCGCAAGGGGGGACGGCUGGUUUCUGAGUGCAACUGUUUUUCCGAGCUUCAACAGCGGGAGGCCUUCUCAGUCGUCGCUGCCCUCUUUGCUUUUCUGCUAACCGUGCGACACAAGCUCUUUUCGUUCUAUUCCACUGACGCUGACGAGGUUAUAAUUUCAUCUGCGGAUCAUGGGCAUUUCCCCCUGCAUCGACGACCUACUUCACCCUACUUUUUCGCCCGGGCCGCUGAAGAUGUUCACACCACGACAAGAAGAACGACAACAUCUUCAGCACCGACGACGCACCUGCAGCUGACUCUCGACGAAACCCUGCAGUGCCAGGGCAGCGAGUUUAUCCGGAGCCACGUCUGGGGGCAUUUGAAGCAGUACACGGAGAACUGGAUGGACAUCCCGAUCCGGGACAGUACCAUGUUUGAAAAACUGGUCUUGGCGAUCGACCACAACAGCCUCCUGGAGCAGCACGCGGCGGACUGCGGGUUCGGGCUCCUGGUCCUCCUCCUCGGCUCCCUCCGCUCGAUGGACUACAACCACGGCUCGGCAAUCGCGCUCUACUUUUACAGGUUUGUGAUCGACCGGCUGCUGCCGGAUUUGCGGGAGCUCUUCGCGUUGGACCCGGACCGGGUGAACGCGGCGGGCUGGGAAAAGCUGCUCGAGAACGAAGACGCGUUGAUUGAGGACGAACUGGUGCCCUACGGUCCGAUGCUAGGCUACGACCCCGCGAUCGAUGAGUCGCCUCACCCCGGGGUGCCGCCGCCCGGGGCGUAUCCGUGCAAACAUGGGUACGGGCUGUAGUGGGGGUUGUGUUUUCUACUUUUUCAUCUUCCAUACCGCUAGAAGUACGAGGACCCACUAGCGUGUAUACGCUUUGAUUUUGGUUGUAAGUGAAAUUGUUUCUGUUCAGGCAUAACUACGACGACGGACGUUGUACGUAGAGGUACCAAGAACAAACUAAAACAAGGUUGAAGAUUUUUAUCUACGACUUCCCGGACCUGACUACCGGCCCGCUCCAUUGCCACCAUGGGCUUAUCAAGUGCAAAAAUGUCUGGGUCUGGAAGAGUGCGUGUUUGUCAUGCUUGUGUGGCAUGACUCUUGAAUCUGUCAUGCACGUUACCCAAGCGCUCCAGUCCAUUUUUCCGUCAUGCAGGAACGCAGUUUGUCAUGCAGAAUAAGUAGGCAACACCUAGAAGCUCAGAAACUUGUCAUGCUGGGCCAGCACUUGUGGCCUCAUCAUGAUUCGCCACCCAGCAUCACAAGUUUCCAGACCCAGACAUUUUUGCAUUUGAUAUCCGAGUGGGGCGUCGAAACGCUCAUCCCCGAGUGGAUUCGGCGCAGCGAGUGCCACACGACCGACGUAUCAACUACAAUCAUGUUUCAGUCUGGGAGAUCAUUGCGAGAUUUGUCAUGCUAGUUUGGCAUGACUCUGAACUCUGUAUUGCGUGGCAACGAAGAACUCCUCUUGUCUGUCAUGCAAAGUCGCAGUGUCUCAUGCGGAGUACGCAACUCAGAACCGCGGAAAGACUUGUCAUACUGGGCAGCGCAUUACAGUGCGCUCACUAUUCCUUUUCUUGCAUCACAGGUUUCCAGACCCAGACGUAUUUGCACUGCAUACGAUGGCGCGAACGCGGAUUUCUAUCUCGUCCCCUGGUACACGUGGUGCCAGCGCAUGGUGAUCCCCUUGAACCGCUCCGACGGGGAGAUUGACGCCGUGUACGUGUCCAUGAUGAAGAACGAACGACUCACCUAUUUCCGCAAGAACGAGGGCGCGGACCACAUUUUCCUCAUGUCCGACCAGGGACUGAUUUUCUGGACCAGCUGGCGCGACUACGUCCCGCACAGCAUCUUCUUGACGACCGAGGCGUUUACCCCGAACUGCGGCAGGCCCUGCCACCAACCCUGGAAGGACAUCGUCUAUCCACAGUAAAUUUCCCGUACACAUACAAAUGCAGUCUCCGCAUGACAAAACUUGCCUUCAAUCCUACCCCAGCAUGACAAGUUGGGCUCUGCAAGGUAGCGAAAUUUGUCAUGCAUUUUGUACAUGAUGUACAGGAAAUUUUCAUUUCAUAUCGUCAUCCCCGGACACACCGACUACUUCCGGAGCCGGCGCAUGCGGAAGUUUGACUUGCCGACCAACCAGCGCCCUCUCCUUUUCAACUUCCACGGGAGGCACGCCUACAUCCUGAAACAGCUGGGGAGGCAGAAUUACGCGGCCAACACGCUAAGGAGGCAUUUGGUGGAUCUGUUCGGCGACUUCGAGGAGUUCGGGGAGGACGAGGAGUAUUUGGAGAGUAUCAAGGCGAAAAUGAUCGACAAAACGGUGCCAAAACCCUACCACGGUCGCAUCUCCGUCGGCGGCUUCACGGAUGACUUCUUCGAGCGGAUGGGCGCGAGCCACUUCUGUCUCGUGCCGCACGGGAACACCAGCUGGACGAACCAUCUGUACAAUGCAUUUUUCGCCGGCUGUAUCCCGGUGAUUUUGUCCGACAACAUGGAGGUGCCGUUCGAGGAUCUGCUCGACUGGAAAAUAUGCAGUGCAAAAAUGUCUGGGUCUGGAAGCUUUCCAGGUUUGUCAUGCAUAUUUUGCAUGACCCAGAAUUGUUUGUGAUGUAUGCCCUACCAUCACAGAUUUUCAGAACCCUUCCUGAUGCCUAUCCCGCACGACAAAUGCCCUCCCCGCGUAGCACAAACUGGGCUCCUCUUGCUGGUCAUGCAAUACAGAUUUUUUUAGCAUGCAGAGUUAGCAUGACAAGUUGCAACCUUCCAGACCCAGACAUUUUUGCAAUCCAUAGAAAACGUUCUCGGUGAAGUGGAACCAGGAAAAUAUCAGCGAGAGCUUAUUCUUAUCCUGUGCAAAAGUAUCGUACUCGUAGUAAUCGCAAUCAUGCAUUACAAAUCUCCAUCCCAAGGUAAAUCAGCAUGACAAAUUGCAUUUCUCAUGCUGAGCUAAUUUGUCAUGCGAUUCAUACUAGUACGAUACUUUUGCAAUGCAUAACUCUACGAUUUGCAGAAGUUCUCCUACCAGCAGAUUUUCCAGAUGAAACAGGAAGUCGCGAAGCACCAGUGCUGGUUCGACUACAAUCUGCGCAACGCCUCGGAGUGCAGCCCCUACCAAGCGGUGAUGGCGGUGUUGGCAAAGAAGGCGAAAAUACUGCCGACCAAGUACAACUUCGGCAGCGAAGAAAAAUGGUGGGGAGCGGUCGGGGGACCAAACAUUUGGGACUACAUGCCGGUGGGGACAAAGGACAAAUUGUUGGCGGCCCAGUGGGAACAUUGAGAGUGCCCUAGUGAGUUGUGGAAAAGUAAAUGUACAUAAAAAGGACAUCAAGUGAACCAGCAAAGUUUAAGUUGUCAGAAAUGCCGAAUCAUGUUACAGAAGCAGAU